AUGCAACUAUUCUGUUCAGCAGGGUCCAGGGACCAUUGCAGAUUCUUGGGCAAGAGGUGUUUCUGCUGCUGCAUUAGUGAGCACAACUAUUCCGAUCAGCAGGGUCCGGGGACUGUUGCAGGUUCUUGGGCAGGGGAGAAACAAACAAAAAAACAAACCAAAACUGCAGGCAGUUUUGUCCUUCAGAUGGGAAACACUCAGGCAUCAACAGGCUCACCCUUGAAAUGCAUCCUAGGCCAUUGGGACCAAUUUGACCCACAAACCCUGAAAAAGAGGCAGCUCAUUUUUUUCUGCACUACAGCUUGGCCCCAAUAUUCUCUCUCUGAUAGGGAAAAAUGGCCACCUGAGGGAAGUAUAAAUUACAAUACUAUACUGCAGCUUGACCUUUUCUGUAAGAGGGAAGGCAAAUUGAGUGAAAUACCUUAUGUCCAAGCUUUCUUUUCACUGAAGGAGAAUACAUGCAAAGCUUGCAAUUUAUAUCCCACAGGAGGACCUCUCAGCUUACCUCCGUAUCCUAGCCUCCUUAUAGCUCCCCUUCCUGUUAAUGAUAAGCCUCCUGUAAUCUCCCCUUCCCAGAAGGAAAUAAGCAAAGAAAUCUCCAAAGGACCACAAAACCCCCUGGGCUAUCGGUUAUGUCCCCUUCAAGCUGUAGGGGGAGGGGAAUUUGGCCCAACCCGGGUACAUGUCUCCUUCUCCCUCUUUGAUUUAAAGCAGAUCAAGGCAGACCUGGGGAAGUUUUCAGAUGAUCCUGAUAGGUAUAUAGAUGUCCUACAGGGGCUAGGGCAAACCUUCUAUCUCACUUGGAGAAAUGUCAUGCUAUUGUUAGAUCAAACCCUGGCCUUCAAUGAAAAGAAUGCGGCUUUAGCUGCAGCCCGAGCAUUUGGAGAUACCUGGUAUCUUAGUCAAGUAAAUGAUAAAAUGACAGCUGAAGAAAGGGACAAAUUCCCUACUGGUCAGCAAGCUGUCCCCAAUAUGGAUCCCCACUGGGAUCUAGACUCAGAUCAUGGGGACUGGAGUCGUAAACAUCUGCUGACCUGUGUUCUAGAAGGACUAAGGAGAAUUAUGAAAAAGCCCAUGAAUUAUUCAAUGAUGUCCACCAUAACUCAGGGAAAGGAAGAAAAUCCUUCUGCCUUCCUCGAGUGGCUAUGGGAGGCCUUAAGAAAAUAUACUCCUCCAUCACCCAACUCACUGGAGGGCCAAUUGAUCCUAAAAGGUAAGUUUAUUACCCAGUCAGCCACAGAUAUCAGGAGAAAGCUCCAAAAGUGA